GAGGAGUCUGUUUCACUACUUAGGUGGUGUCAUUGACUGGGAGGAGAAGCAGGUGGAAACAGUGUGACACUCGAGUGGAAGAUUGACCAGCAGAGAUGGGGGAGUCCACUGCCUCACCUGUUUUCAAAGCCAUCCUAAUCUUUGGCAAAAUAGUUAUUAUGCUCGCCUCCAUCGCCCUGUUUGCCGAGACCAUCUGGGUGGUGACCGAUCAGUUCCGGGUCUACCCCAUCCUGGGAGCCUCCGGUAAAGAUGAUGUCUUCGCCGGUGCUUGGAUUGCCAUCUUUACUGGCUUUGCCUUUUUCUGCCUGGCCAUCUUCGGGAUCUUGGCUGUCCUGAGCGAGAGCCGGACGAUGGUGAUCACGUACCUGGUGUUAAUGGUCAUUGUCUACAUCUUUGAAUCUGCGUCCUGUAUCACUGCCAUCACACACCGAGAUUAUCUCACUUCAAAUCCUAACUUUGUGAUGAAGCAGAUGUUGCAGUUUUAUGGUGACUCAUCCUCGAACUCAGGCCGUGAUCUCACCGCCAUGUGGAACCACGUCAUGCCCCAGGAGCAAUGCUGCGGUUCGACUGGACCCGGGGACUGGAUCAAGUACACUUCCUCCUUCCGAGAGAGUUUCAAUGAGACUGUUGCACCCUGGCCAUUUCAGUGCUGUAAGAGGAAUGCCAACUCGGAAAUCAUCAGCCAAGAGGGAUGUGUUGUUGGUCACCAGGACUUCUUGUAUCACAAGGGUUGUUUUGAUUACUUCAGCACUGCAAUCAACAGCUAUGCUUGGGGUGUGGCGUGGUAUGGCUUUGCCAUUCUCAUGUGGACGUUUGUGGUCCUGCUCCUGACUAUGUAUUAUCUCACCACCCUGUAAAACAUCACCCACCCAGAGGCGUGCUGACCAGUUGAGAUGUGUACACACGAGGCCGGAGAUCUGGACUCCUGCCUAUUUAAUGCUAAGAAAUGAAUGUUUUGUCUGGUUUGUGCGUACAUCCGUUUUGACGCUCGAUUAAUCCUCAAUCACUGCUUUAUCCAAAUCCGGCGGGGGUGGGGGGGGGGGUGACCACCUGGGCUCCUGUUACAUGGGACAGACUGUCAAUCGAGACAGUUAAACUACAAAACUCACGCUAAAGUCCCCUCCAGGGCUUUGCUCACCCAGCCCCUUUGGGAGAGGGUGGGGGGGUGGUGGGUAGAGAGUGGCUGGGGGUGGUGGGGGUGAGAUUCUCUGUCUGUCUGUCUGUCUGUCAACAACCCCUAAUGCUCCAGACUGGUUUUCACCCACCUCCAGAAUGAAGCGGGGUUGACAUCAGGAGUAAUGCUGGACUAGGUUAGGAUUUAAUGUGGUUGGAUAUUGAUUAAUUCACCCACGCUGAUCUAUGAUGCUGAUUGAGAGAUAUAUAUAUAUAUAUAUAUAUAUAUAUUUUUUUUUAAAUAUAACCUUGCUUUUUGAGAGGAUAGUAAUUGUACAGUGACUCCAUUGUAUGAAGGGCUCUGGGAAGCAGGGUAGAGAGUGUCAGCAUCCAGAUUUCACUCGAUGAAUACCCCACUUUGUGUAUCUAAGGCAAAACAAACAUUUUUUUUUUGUCUGCUGGGUUCACACAUUGUAGUUUUAAAUGCUUGUACAUUUCAUGUAAACCAUUAAACUUUUCCACAACGA